UUGUGUAUACUUCAGUUGAUCAAUGCACGCACCGAUUUUCCACAAUUGUGUGUUGGUGUUCAAGGAACUGACUCCAUAGAUAAAUAUGAAUUUAGCUGGAUCAAAUUUGAUGACAGAAAGGUUGUGAAUCCAACGCCAGAUGUUACUCAGUGUUGUGGUACAAAACUGGACGUUGUUUCGAUGUCACAAAUUGGCAAGGAUUCCGUCUUGUUCGCUUACCGCAACAAGGUGAGUAGAUAUGUUACUGCAUACUGA